AUGCCAAAGUAUAAGAAUUUUAAGACAAUAAAGAAAUUAGGAGUUGUUAAGUAUAGUGAAGUGUUUUUGACAUUAUAAAUUCAAACAGGAUUUUUGGUUGCACUGAAAGUGAUAUAGAAAGCAUUAAUAAUAAAGGAGAUGAUGUAAAGUUAAUUGGGUUGGGAAAUAAAAUUUAAUAUCUUUUGAUCAUCCAAACAUAACAAGAUUGUAUACCUUCUUUCAGACUUGUAAGAUUAAUAAAAUACAUACCUAGAAAGUGAAAUUGUUUUAGUAUUAGAAUAUUGUUCUCAUGGAUAAUUGAAUACUGUUUAAUAGACUAAACAGAACAAAAGAUUCACUGAAAAGGAGGCAGCCCAAUUGGUUUAAUAAAUUACAUUUGCAUUGAUGUAUAUUCAUAAUCUAGAUCUGAUUCAUAUAGACAUUAAACCAGAUAAUAUCUUGUUGAAUUUUGGAUAGGUCAAAUUAGCCGACUUCUCAUUUUAUGUCUAUUCUCCAGAUGAAUACAAACAAACUUAAUGUGGAACAUUGAUAUAUGCAUCACCUGAAAUUUUAGAAGAUGACAUGUAUGAUAAGAAAAUAGACAUAUGGGGAUUAGGAGUUUUAACUUAUGAACUUUGUUUUGGGAAACCUCUCUGGAAGGAAAACUAAUAGGAAUUAAUAAAAACAGUAUCGAUAUCUUUAAUAUAGACAUGUUUUAUGAUACCUUAUACAGCAUCUAGAGAUCUUAGAAACUUUAUAGAAAAUCUAGUUAAACGAUUAUCUUGUGAGAGAUACACAGCAUAAAAAGCUUAUAAUCAUGGUUGGUUUUAGAGGAGUAUGCAAGUGAUUCCAUAUUAUAUUUCCAGUAAAGAUGGCUUAUUUAAUUGA